CGGCGUGGCACCGGAAUAGAUUGCGUCUUUCGCAUCUUGUUCCGAGAGGCGGCUGCAAUCCCGCACGUCUGCAACGGCGACAAGGUUCGUUUGGCCCCAAAUCCUCAAUAAGUGACCCGCAUUCAUGACAUUCCUCGCCUCGGUACCGCCGAGGCAUCAUGUUUGGUGUUCAUAACCCCGCGAUCGAAAACGCGAAGGCCUUCCAGGCACCGCCGAAACCUGGCGCGCCGUACAGCGUGCCAAUUGCGGGCACAGCGCGCCCUGGACGAACACCCAUCUAUCGACACUUCCGGUUCCAGGACAAAUUGUUGGAAACUUUCGAUCCAGAGGUCCGGACGAUCCACGACUCUUUCGAGGUUUCAUCGAAGCUAUACCCGACCAACCGAUGCCUGGGCUAUCGUCCAUGGGAUCCAAAGUCGAGGACGUUCGGCGACUACCUCUGGGAAAGCUAUAAGCAGAUUGCCGAGAGGAGAAAUAACUUCGGGUCGGGUAUCGUGCAGCUGCACAAGGAGCUUGGCGUGACGGAUGCGAAGUACGGUGUUGGCUUGUUCUGCAACAAUCGCCCCGAGUGGCAGAUCACUGAUCUCGGAUGCAUGAGCCAAGGGCUCUAUACCGUCUCCAUCUACGACACCCUCGGACCCAGCGCGACCGAAUACAUCAUCAACCAUGCCAGCCUCAACUGCGUCGUUACCUCUCUCAACCACAUUCCCGCGCUUCUCCAGAUCAAGGCCUCCGCCGACCUCCCGCAAUUCCGGUUAAUCAUCUCGCUCGAGCCCCUCGAUACGGGCGAUAUCCCCGGCCACUCCAAACGCGACAUCCUCGCCGCCUUCGCCUCCAAAGUCGGCAUCAAGAUCAUUACCAUGGCGGAAGUCGAGGCUCUUGGCGCAUUGAAGCCGCUGGCUCCUAACCCGCCUGCGCCGACCGACCUCAUCACCAUCAACUACACCUCCGGCACCACCGGCGAUCCCAAAGGCGUUAUGCUCACUCACUCAGCCGCUGUCUCUGCCACAGCUGCAUCGAUGACCUCCGUCGAGCAGUCGCCACAGGACAUCAUCUGCUCCUUCUUGCCGCUGGCGCAUAUCUACCAACGUAUUGGCGAGCACUGUGCGCUGUGGGCCGGCGCCGCCAUUGGGUACUUCCACGGCAAUGUCGCAGAGCUCGUCGACGAUUUGAAGUUGAUCCGGCCGACGGCCUUCUCCGGUGUCCCGCGACUAUACAAUCGGUUCGGGUCCGCGAUCAAGGCGGCUUCGGUCCAGGCGCCGGGUUUCCGCGGCACCCUCUCGAACUACGUCAUCAACACAAAGACGGCGAACCUCGCACGGCCGGAAGGCGGCAAGGAUGGCGAGCCGACGAACAAGCACGCGGUCUGGGAUCGCGUCUGGGGUCGCAAGGUGGCUGCCGCUUUGGGACUUGACCGCUGCAGGACCAUGAUCUCGGGUAGCGCGCCGAUCGACCCGACAUUGCACCAAUUCCUCCGGGUCGUCUUCGCGAACAACUUCCUGCAAGGCUACGGUCUCACCGAGACGUACGCCUGCAGUCUCAUUCAGGUGCCUGGCGACCUCUCCGCCGGCAACUGCGGUGCCGUCUCACCCUGUAUCGAGGCGGUCCUCCGCGACGUGGAGGACAUGGGAUAUACGACGGCCGACAAGCCUCACCCGCGCGGUGAACUCUGGCUACGAGGGAACAGCCGACUCGUGGCGUACUACAAGAACGACGCCGAGACGGCGAAGGCGAUCGACGAAGAUGGCUGGUUCCGCACCGGAGAUAUCUGCGAGAUCGAUUCUCGCGGCCGAUUCAAGGUGAUCGACCGCGCGAAGAACGUGCUGAAGCUCGCGCAGGGCGAGUACGUCUCCCCCGAGCGCAUCGAGAACGUGUUCUUGGCGAACCUGGGCUGGUUGAUGACGGCGUUUGUCCACGGCGAUUCAACCGAGAGCAGCCUGGUGGGGAUUUUCGGCGUCGAUCCGGCGCCGUUCGCGGCGUGGGCCAGCGCGGCGCUGAAGGAGAACAUCAGUGGCGAGGAUAUCAACGCUUUGAGAGGAACUUUGAAGAGGCCGGAUGUCCGGGAGAAGGUGGUUGCGGAGUUGAGGAAGGUGGCGCGGAAGUCGAAGUUGAAUAGGUUUGAAGAGUGCAAGGGGGUGCGACUCCAUUUGGAGCCGUUUACGGUGGACAAUGGGUUAUUGACACCAACGCUCAAACUCAAGCGACCGCAGACAGCGAAGACAUUCCGAACCGAUAUCGAUGACAUGUAUGCGGAGAUCGCGGCCGAAGAUGCGAAGAAGCCGCAAAAGCUGUUGGCAAAGUUGUAAAAAUGUCUGCUUUAAAGGGCGUGUUUGAGGCGAUGGAGGGGAAGUGGAAGUUGCAGUUUUGUGAACCGUCUUAGGAGUUGCACCAACUGCGGGUACCACUCGCUGAUAUUUGUCAUGGAAUCCUUCCCCAUUUCCUGUGUACGGCCAUGUUUGUAGAAUUUAGUGAACAGUUGAGGACAAAGUUAGGUAGUUGGCGAUUCAGGAGAUCACUUAUCAGUGGACAGAAUAGCCGAGGGUCGCUAUGAACCAGACCGAUAUCCCGAUAUACAGCGCACGUGUAGUAUGAUGAGUGAUUUGAUAACAGCUCGUAUUAGCAUGGAAACCGGGACUUUGAUUAGUUACUGAAGACUGGGUAUUUCCAUUUUGACACCAAUUUGACACCAAACAUGUAUUGUACUACAAUUGAAGCG